AUGUUUUCCUAUUCACAUAUGUUUAGUGUUGGACGCAAAAGGGACUUUAAUCCUGCUGAUUUUUCGCCCGUGCAGUGCAUCAGACCAGACGACAACAUGAAUGAAUCUUCGGAGAACGCAAACAGUUGUUCUCUUCCCACGGCUCAUGGUAUUCCACUGAUCGCAAUCAAUUUUAUCAUAUGCGUUCUGGGAUCACUUGGAAACUUCCUGGUUUGUUUGGCCAUUACUACAAACUCUCGCCUACGCAGAGCCUCAAACUACCUUUUAUUCAGUUUAGCGAUCGCUGAUCUAAUCGCCACUUUGGUAUGCGAACCACUACUUUUGAAAGUAAUAAUCCAGAGGACAUUUUUCUAUGAGUGCACAAAGAGGCUGCAGCGUACGUACUCCAUUUUAUCCCAAAUUUCAUGCAGCAGUUCAGUUUUACAUAUGGUUGCAAUCAGUUUUGAUCGUUUCGUUGCCGUUGUGUUUCCACUACGGCACAAGAACUUCAUCGAAGGAUGCGGACUUAAGUUUAUGCUUAUGAUAUCCUGGUCAUUGCCGAUUCUUUUGACUGUUUUGAGGUCUAUCGUUCCGCGGACCACCUAUCCUGCCCACUUUAUCGGAUUGGGAACUUUUGCCCUCUGCUAUCUCUUUAUUUUCUUUUUCUAUUUCCUAAUUGUGCUAUUUCUGCUCCACCACAGAAAGAAAAGAAAGCACCUAGGUGCCCGAACAAAUUCUAUGAAAGUGACUUUCAGGAGGGAGGUCCGUGUUGCUUGCACAUUGGCUAUCGCAAUCAGCGUUUUCACGGCUUGUUGGGUUCCUCUGAUGACUGUAUUCUUUGCCGCUGGAAAACUAAUUAUAAAUCGAAACGGCUCUCUACUCAUGUGGCUCCGAACCCUGGCUCUCUCCAACUCAGCCAUGAACUUUCUGAUCUACUCUGCUAAAAUCAGGGACUUCAAAGAGGCAUACAUUGAUAUUUUUCGAAAGAUGCUCCGCCUGUAGAGGUCUUAACUUUUACUACUUUUUCAAGAACUCAGAGAGUUUUAGGAAGCUGAACUUGUGAGCGGUCCUAAUCUUUAUCAAAAGAUUACUUCAGUGUUUUACAAACGUGACGUCUCAGUACCUUAGUCCUGCCUGGCAUUGUCUCUUUCAAAGGAGAAGCCAGUCUCACAAUCACGCCAGUUGUUCAAGAAACUGCACUUUGGCAAAAAACCGACGUCAGCCAGGGGCACCAGACAGAUUAUUCGCUGCCAAAGUGUAAAAUAUCCGCUAAAGGGAGUAAAUAUUAUCUGAAAAGUUCCAACGAAAGAACAAAAAGACAAACUUUUCUAGCGCCCCAUUCACACCGAAGCCUAAACAUGUUUAAAAGUUGUUUGCUUAAACACGGUUUAAAAUUGUUUCGUUCAUAAAAGAAUGAGCUGCUUACUAACUUACGUGUUAAUUGCAAAUUUAGUGCAAAUUACAAGACAUAAUGAAUUUUAUGUGAAUAUUGUUCUGUGAAACCUGGUUUAAUCAAACAUGUUUAGUUGCUUGUUAAUAGGGCAUAGGUGUUUACUGCAUUUCCGAGGUUUUUCGGAACUGUAGUACACUCCACUUCCCCACAAUUUUCUGAAGCGGGGAUUUUCACGCCUUAAUCACUAGAUUUGGUUGAUAUCUUGAGAAAGGUCCCCUAGUAGCAGCUAGGAAUUUCGGGAAGGAUAGGGGAAGUCCUCGAAGGGGAGUACCUCCAGCAAAGUUAGAGUAGAGGUGUGCCGCCGAGGCCCUCACACCCUGACCUUGUUUUUAAGGCAAAAAACAAAUUUCGUGACUUCAUUUUGCUACCCUAUCCUUAUCCUAUGAUCCUGAUUCGUUUCGUUUUGCAUACAGAAUUAGGUAAUUUCCAAAAUUUUUUCAAAAUAACCUCAUGGAAUUGGAUUUUUUAAGAAAAAAUUGUUAGUGCCACAGAUGUAGACCGCUCCUCGCCAAUCUUCACACUCUUUUAAAGGAUUCCGGUCCAAGGAGACACCUUCUUCAAGACGCUAAAUUGGGAAAUUUUAUACCCCGUUUUAAGACUCAAGACCCUGAUCAAAGAAGGCUAUGCCUAAUGUAUUUUAGUAUAAUUACAUUGAUGAUUAUCGAAAAUAGAGCGCUAUGAUUAUAAUCAUCGAUGUUAUUAUACUAAUAUCGGGGAAGAGUCGCAUCGACUUCGUCUCGGUGACUAUUCGCCGAUAUUCACGUCGCCUUGGGCGAUUAAUUGUUAAAUAUUGCUAUCAGUGAUUAAUAAUGGAAUUGAAUUCAUGAAGGUAGGAGCUGGACAUUAUAUAGCAGUAAGAAACACUGACUCAGUUUUUGUUGUUGCUGUUGUUGUUUUAACAAUUAUAGCCUAAGCUUCCAAAGCUGAACGCCCGGCUGACCGUAGCUUGUGUGCGUGAAAGAAAAUAUUUCAUGCCUGUAAAUUGCGGGCGGGACAAGCUAUUCGUGUUUUAUCAUUUGAUUUCAAUUGCCUUUCAUCUCGUAGAUAUACUCUUAAACAUAGUGUCUGUGUCUUUCUUUGGUCGAUUUAGAAGGGAUUUGGGCGCCAGACCAGAAGCGGUCUCUCCGUUCCAUUUUAAAAACUACAGUAGUGUCAAGCGCGUCAAGCACGAAUGAAACAGGAGUGUAGGUAUCUAAUUUGAAGUAAUAAUCAUUUACGAGCGCUGCGGUAGUUGACCGCAAAAGUGUUACGGUGAUGGAUACUCAACUGGAUGAUUACGUCACUUCAUAGCAACCAGACGGUACGAAUUUUUUAACUUCCGGAGCGCUGAGGCUCGUAGUGCUCAAAAAUGAAACUACACAGCCAUGCAUGUUUUGAAAUUCACAACAAAUUCCAAUGAUCUUUUCAGUGAAAUUUUUUCGUUUAAAUUGUUACAAACGUUUUCCCGUUGUAAUUGUAACUCGCCGAUAUAAUGGUGGAAAUCAAGUAAUAUGAUAUUGUCCUGAGCAGAUAUUAUGCGUCGACACUGAAUCGAUCAAGGCUAAAAACUUCACAAACACAAUACCGGUACAAUGUUUUUAAUGCAGAAAAUGGGUCUUCAAUAACAACAACUUAGUAAAGUAACAGGAAUAACGACGAUGCCUAACUUAGUUCAUCUAGUCAACAGCCUCUUAAUUAGUUAUCUUUUUUCCACAUUUAAUUCACGUCUUCAUAUUGACCAUAGCCUGGAUUACCCAACUAAACUAUAUAACAACAUGAACUUGUGAGCGGUCCUAAUCUUUAUCAAAAGAUUACUUCAGUGUUUUACAAACGUGACGUUAGUACUUUAGUCCUGCCUGGUAUUUUCUAUUUCAAAGGAGAAGCCGUUCUCACAAUGACGCCAGUUGUUCAAGAAACUGCACUUUGGCAAAAAACCGACGUCAGCCGGGGCACCAGACGGAUUAUUCGCUGCCAGAGUGUAAAAUAUCCGCUAAAGGGAGUAAAUAUUAUCUAAAAAGUUCCAACGAAAGAACAAAAAGACAAACUUUUCUAGCGCCCCAUUCACACCGAAGCUUAAACAUGUUUAAAAGCUGUUUGCUUAAACACGGUUUAAUAUUGUUUCUUUCAUAAAAGAAUGAGCUGCUUACUAACUUACGUGUUAAUUGCAAAUUUAGUGCAAAUUACAAGGCAUGAUGAAUUUUAUAUGAAUACUGUUCUGUGAAACCUGGUUUAAUGAAACAUGUUUAGUUGCUUGUUAAUAGGGCAUAGGUGUUUGCUCCAUUUCCGAGCUUUUUCGGAACUGUAGUACACUCCACUUCCCCUCAAUUUUCUGAAGCAGGGAUUUUCACGCCUUAAUCACUAGAUUUGGUUGAUAUCUUGAGAAAGUUCCCCUAGUAGCAGCUAGGAAUUUCGGGAAGGAUAGGGGAAGUCCUGGAAGGGGAGUACCUCCAGCAAAGUUAGAGUAGAGGUGUGCCGCCGAGGCCCUCACACCCUGACCUUGUUUUUAAGGCAAAAAACAAAUUUUGUGACUUCAUUUUGCUACCCUAUCCUUAUCCUAUGAUCCUGAUUCGUUUCGUUUUGCAUACAGAAUUAGGUAAUUUCCAAAAUUUUUCAAAAUAACCUCAUGGAAGUGGAUUUUUUAAGAAAACAUUGUUAGUGCCACAGAUGUAGACCGCUCCUCGCCAAUCUUCACACUCUUUUAAAGGAUUCCGGCCAAGAAGACACAUUCUUCAAGACGCUAAAUUGGGAAAUUUUAUACCCUGUUUAAGACUAAAGAUCCCGAUCAAAGAAGGCUAAGCCUAAUGUAUUUUAGUAUAAUUACAUUGAUGAUUAUCGAGAAUAGAGCGCUAUGAUUAUAAUCAUCGAUGUUAUUAUACUAAUAUCGGGGAAGAGUCGCCUCGACUUCGUCUCGGUGACUUUUCGCCGAUAUUCACGUCGCCUUAGGCGAUUAAUUGUUAAAUUUUCCUAUCAGUGAUUAAUAAUGGAAUUGAAUUCAUGAAGGUAGGAGCUGGAUCUUAUAUAGCAGUAAGAAACACUGACUCAGUUUUUGUUGUUGUUGUUGUUGUUUUAACAAUUAUGGCCUAAGCUUCCAAAGCUGAACGUCCGGCUGACCGUAGCUUGUGUGCGUGAAAGAAAAUAUUUCAUGCCUGUAAAUUGUGGGCGGGACAAGCUAUUCGUGUUUUAUCAUUUUAUUUCAAUUGCCUUUUAUCUCGUAAAUAUACUCUUAAACAUAGUCGGCAAUAUAAACGAUAUGACUUAGCUGUGUGUCUGUGUCUUUCUUUGGUCGAUUUAGAAGGGAUUUGGGCGCCAGACCAGAAGCGGUCUCUCCGUUCGAUUUUAAAAACUACAGUAGUGUCAAGCGCGUCAAGCACACAUGAAACAGGAGUGUAGGUGUCUUAUUUGAAGUAAUAAUCAUAACUGUGAGCAGACGAGAGAAGGGAGAGAGAAAUGAUCCCUCUUCUUAGCAAAGGAAGUCUCCAGCUUCUUAGUAUAGCUAAGUGUCUAGAUAUAAUCGGCGAAAAAAACUAUUUAUGAGACACCUUGUACUCAACCUCACUAUUUCCUGACACGACUAUUUAAUUUCCAAAGACCAUCCUCUCUUGCAAUCACUAAGUAGAAAGCCCACCUCCCGCCUUCCACUGUUCCCAAAAAUUAAUUGGGGUACUAUCCAAGCUACAAAGGUGUAAUAUAAACAAUCAUCUAUCUAGCGCGAGCCCUCUAAAUUUUGGCGUACCUCAAGGGUCAAUAAUCGGUCCUCUUCUUUUCUUGAUCUAUAUAAAUGAUCUACCAAAUUGUUUGAAUGUGGGCUCUCUUAGAAUGUAUGCCGACGACACUAAUGUUACCUUUUCUGCAGCUCACGGCUAUACCUGAUCUUGAGUCCCAAAUCGAUAGUGACCUGAAAUAUAUUGAUCGCUGGCUCAAAGCUAAUAAGUUAAGUCUCAAUGUCGCCAAUUAAAAACAGAGUUUAUGGUUAUUAGCUCGAGGCAGAAACUACAGUCCUUAAAUGACUACGCAGUAAACAUUCAUAUAGACGGCGUGCCAAUAAACGAAAGCAAUCAAACAAAUAUCUCAGGCUUAUCAUUGAUGAAAAUCUCUCGUGGAAGGCCCACAUUCAUGAAAUCUCUAAAAAAGUAUUAUCCGGUAUCAGUGCUCUUAGGCGGGUCAGGCCAUUUGUUUUAAUGCACACUGCAAUUAAAAUAUACAAAGGUUUUAUCGAACCACACUUCGAUUAUUGCAGUGCUGUAUGGGAUGGCUUGGCCCAACAGCUUAGUGAGAAACUUCAAAAUCGUGCUAUCAGAGUUAUCACCAAAUCUAGCUAUGAUACUAGUUCCAGAUUUCUUCUUACCUCGCUUGGUUGGGACAAUUAA